UAAUUUCAUGUUUUUUCCUGCAGGGUUGUUAUAGAAACUCUUACCGAGGUCUGCCCAGAUCGAAAGUGUUUCCGUAUGGUUGGAGGAGUCUUAGUAGAAAGAACCGUCGCAGAAAUUCUACCAGCUCUCACAAACAAUAGGGACCAGUUAACCAAGGUCAUAGAGUCUCUGAAUGACAAGCUCGUCGCAAAGGGGAAAGAGGUCAACGAGUACAGGGAGAAGCACGGAAUUCGGAUCAGGGGCCAGGACGACACACCAAAGGAGGACACUUCAACACAGUCAAAUAACGCUCCCAGCACACAGGGUGUUCUGGUUUCAAACAAGUCCUAGUCAAGUCUCUCAGGGACGCUAUGGCUCGACAACAAUGGGGUUGUGUCUGCUGAUGGCUAAUCAUAUAUGUCUUGUUGGAUGUCAGACUUUUUUUAAAAUGAGUCAUUUGAGACCCCCAGUUUGUAAUUAAGUAAGGCAAGCAGUGCUUUAGCACCAUGGAACUCAAAAGGACAUCCUCUCUAUUUCAUUUGACCAAAUAUUGGAAAAGAAACUGGUUUGUCUUGAGUUGUUCCUUUUUGUUACUGCUAAAGAAGCCUGCUGCUGGAAGUAUCCAUGCAGGAUGUUCCUUGUGAUCCAUAAUAGUGAAGGAUAACUAAUUAUCUGGAGAAUUUUCAUUUGAGUUUUGACUGCCAUUUACUGCUCCCUGGUGCACAAGAGAAGAUGAUGGUUUAUUUGUCUAGUUUUCUUCAAGGCUACUGGAUAGGCAAUGUCACCACCACUGCCAAGAACUAUGAAGUGUCCUCACUUAGGCUUUUAUUGAAAAUACCAUUGCUUGAUUCGGAAGUCCCUGUUAUGCGCACCUAUCCUGUGUAAAUUAUAAUGUGCAGAUUCAAGCUUCAGAUUGUGCAGAUGUUUAUUAGAACCUAUUCAAAUUGUAUUGGUUUUGCCAAGAGGAACUUUUACUUUUUUGUUGCUACAUUUGUUUUAUUGUGUUACCUGAUGUUCCUUCAGGCUAGGUUAUUUUUGAACAUAUCUAGCAUAUUUUCAGUACAUAUCCUUGCCAAGCAUGAUUCAGUUUUGACAGUAUUCAUGUAAUCAUUAGUGUCUUGAUGUAUCAGUUGGAAUAGACGAUGAAUAAAAUUAGAUUGUGAAUUUAGCUGUUCGAGAGAUUUAUGAACCCUGGAAGAACUCGUUCCAUUUUGGAGAUGAUGAUUGCAUAACUUUAAAAGCUUUACAAUUCAUAUCACAUCAGAACUGUAUCUGCUGUGGUAUGAGAAUUUGUUUUAUCACUGUAAGACUUAUGUUAGUCCUCUUUUGUAUCUCCAGUGAGAGGAGAGAGGCCCACAGUUGGAGUUGGGAAAGAAUUCCAUGUUAGAUGUGAGUAUGGCAUCAGUACCUCGUGGUUCUUAAUGCCUAUCAAAUAUUAACCGAUUAUAGACAGUAACAGUGCCUAAAAGGGCAAACCCAAUAAAUAGCUUCUACUUAAUGUACUUUAAUAUUGCAUUUUUUUUUUUUUUUUUUCUUUUUUUGCACAGGCUGGGAAUUCUACAUUUAACUACAAGGAUUUAGUAAUUUUGUUCUGUUUGUUCAGGGGUUGAAACACAAAUUUACUUGCUAGUGGAUAAAAAUAAGGGAAGAUUUUCACUAAUAUAAGAAUCACAGAGGUAUUGAUGUCAAUCCAAAGAUGAACUUGUUUUUCAAAUGUUGGAUCCUUUGUGUGGUAAACCCAACUAUUAAUCAGUUGUAACUUGAAAAAAGUGUGUUGAUUAUGUUAAAAGAAUUGAAAAUAACACUGCUGUGAAUGUAUGUAAUUAAUAAAACCUAAUUUGUAAAUAAUUGGUUGCAAAUUGUAUGAUAUUUGAGAUGUUUCAGAAAGAAAACAAGAAUAUGAUACUCACAGAACUUGAACAAUAACACAAAAUGCUUUUACAUUUAAAGCUUAACAUCAUACA